UCGCCCAUUCGGCAGUUUUCAUUAGAUUGCGGAACGGUGCACUUGGGUUCACUCGGGUGUAACAGAAAAGCCUACAGGAAUAUACAAACAGAUACGAUAUCCUUCAGAUAAAUAUAUUGAAUGUCCUGUGAUCGAACGGCUUUACGGAUAUACGCUUAAGUGCAGCAUGACGAUCGUAAAGAAGUUAUCCUUUGACGCCAACUGCGAGGAGAAGGAAAAGUAUACGCUGCAGAAUGGCGACGACUACUACGACCAGUCGCAUUCCGUUGACGUGGAGGGGAAGUACACGAAGCCCAAGCAGGCCCACUGGCUACUACGUCGCAUCUACAUUCUCAGCUGGAUACGGAACUACGAUCGGGAGCGGGCCUUUGCCGAUCUGAUAGCGGGCAUCACCCUCGGACUGACGAUCAUACCACAGAGUAUUGCCUAUGCGGCGCUCGCGGGCCUCUCCUCCGAGUACGGCCUGUACUCGGCUUUCAUUGGAUCCAUCAUCUACGUGUUCUUUGGGACGAUACCGCAGGUCUCCAUUGGACCCACCAGCCUAAUGGCCAUUCUCACGCUGCAGUUCUGUGCUGAUAAGCCCGUUCAGGUUGUGAUCGUGCUGGCCUUCCUUGCGGGUCUGGUGGAGCUGGCCAUGGGCGUGUUCCAGCUGGGGUUCAUAGUGAGCUUCAUUCCGGGUCCUGUGACUAAGGCAUUCACCUCCGGCACGGCUGUGAUUGUGGUGUUUGCUCAGAUCAAGAAUCUCUUGGGUGUUCGCAUGAAAGGAUUCACCUCGAUCGGGGAGUUCUUUAGCAGCAUUAAACCCUCGGAUGCCGCCAUGGGCAUAUCCUGCAUGUGCGUGCUGCUGUCGUUGCGUCUACUUUCGCAAGUGAAAUUCAAGCAGGACACUUCGCUGACGCGUCGCCUGAAGAAGGUGCUGUGGUACAUUAGCAUCUCGCGCAAUGCCCUCGUGGUCUUCUUCACCGGCUUGCUGGUCUUCAUUUGGGUGAAGAAGAGCUCCAUGGAAGCGGUACCCUUUGCCCUCUCCUCAAAAGUGUCCUCGGCCAUGCCCUCGAUCAAGCUGCCGCCCUUUGCCUUCGAAUACCAGAAUCGUACCUAUGUCUUCACGGAUAUCCUCCAUGAGCUGGGCAGCGGCAUCAUUGUCGUCCCCAUUGUAGCCGUAUUGGCCAAUGUCGCCAUUGCCAAGGCUUUUGUGAAAGAUGGAAAUCUGGAUGCCUCGCAGGAGAUGCUGACGCUGGGCCUGUGCAACAUAGCGGGUUCCUUUUUCAGUGCCAUGCCCACCUGUGGGGCAUUCACCCGCUCGGCGGUCAGUCAGGCCUCGGGCGUACGCACACCUAUGGCUGGCAUCUACACGGGCCUGAUUGUGCUUUCCGCCUUGAGCAUACUGACGCCGUACUUCCAGUACAUACCCAAGGCUUCUCUGUCGGCUGUGCUCAUUGCAGCCGUGAUCUUUAUGAUUGAUGUGGCCCCCGUGAGGGAGCUGUGGCAGACCAACAAAAAGGAUUUCUUCAGCUGGGUGGGCAGCUUCAUCAUCUGCCUGGUGGCGGGUGUGGAGUUGGGCCUGCUCUUUGGCAUUGUUCUGAGCAUGGUGUUUAUUCUGCUGCGGCUGGGUAAUCCUAAAAUAGAAGUUUCCCUGAAAAAGCACGAAUCCCUAACUUAUGUGCAUGUUGUGCCCCUUUCGGACAUCUAUUACACGGGCGUGGACACUCUCCGCGGGGAGCUGAGAGGUGCCUGUUCGCUAUAUCGCAACGAUUUCCCCGUUGUCCUGGACUGUACCCGCUUCAUGCAGUUCGAUGCCACCUUCACAGAGAUGCUGACGGCAGUCAGCAAGGAGAUGGCCGAGAACGAUGUGCUGUUGAUCCUCCAGAACAUGAGCUUGAAGGUGCAGGAAAUGCUGCCAGUGAAUGGCAAUCUACGCUUCUGCCAGGAGGACAGUCAGUUGAUUAGUCACCUGCAGCAGGAGAAAGAGUCUGUGCCGCCGCAGCUCGAAGCGAAACUUUGAAUGUUUGUUCCUAUCUAAAGCCCCGCUGCCAUCCACGUCAGUCAUCCUGUCAGCGUCUGUUUGUAUUGUAUCUAGAUAAAUGAUUCUGGGGAACUGCCACCGUUUGACGUUUGCCAGUGACGGGCGGGCAUUGCGCAAUUGCUUUUAUGGUUAGCUCUGUAGAUUAAGUUAUUUAGUAAGCGGCUCUGUAAAUACUUAAUUGCAUUAUUAAACUAUAUAUUGUAUACUCUGA